CAUCGCGACGCUCUGGGGCGUCCGGGGAGAGCAUCGCGACGCUCUGGGGCGUCCGGGGAGAGCAUCGCGACGCUCUGGGGCGUCCGGGGAGAGCAUCGCGACGCUCUGGGGCGUCCGGGGAGAGCAUCGCGACGCUCUGGGGCGUCCGGGGAGAGCAUCGCGACGCUCUGGGGCGUCCGGGGAGAGCAUCGCGACGCUCUGGGGCGUCCGGGGAGAGCAUCGCGACGCUCUGGGGCGUCCGGGGAGAGCAUCGCGACGCUCUGGGGCGUCCGGGGAGAGCAUCGCGACGCUCUGGGGCGUCCGGGGAGAGCAUCGCGACGCUCUGGGGCGUCCGGGGAGAGCAUCGCGACGCUCUGGGGCGUCCGGGGAGAGCAUCGCGACGCUCUGGGGCGUCCGGAGAGCAUCGCGACGCUCUGGGGCGUCCGGGAGAGCAUCGCGACGCUCUGGGGCGUCCGGGGAGAGCAUCGCGACGCUCUGGGGCGUCCGGGGAGAGCAUCGCGACGCUCUGGGGCGUCCGGGGAGAGCAUCGCGACGCUCUGGGGCGUCCGGGAGAGCAUCGCGACGCUCUGGGGCGUCCGGGAGAGCAUCGCGACGCUCUGGGGCGUCCGGGGAGAGCAUCGCGACGCUCUGGGGCGUCCGGGAGAGCAUCGCGACGCUCUGGGGCGUCCGGGGAGAGCAUCGCGACGCUCUGGGGCGUCCGGGGAGAGCAUCGCGACGCUCUGGGGCGUCCGGGAGAGCAUCGCGACGCUCUGGGGCGUCCGGGAGAGCAUCGCGACGCUCUGGGGCGCGUCCGGGGAGAGCAUCGCGACGCUCUGGGGCGUCCGGGGAGAGCAUCGCGACGCUCUGGGGCGUCCGGGGAGAGCAUCGCGACGCUCUGGGGCGUCCGGGGAGAUCGCGACGCUCUGGGGCGUCCGGGGAGAGCAUCGCGACGCUCUGGGGCGUCCGGGGAGAGCAUCGCGACGCUCUGGGGCGUCCGGGAGAGCAUCGCGACGCUCUGGGGCGUCCGGGAGAGCAUCGCGACGCUCUGGGGCGUCCGGGGAGAGCAUCGCGACGCUCUGGGGCGUCCGGGGAGAGCAUCGCGACGCUCUGGGGCGUCCGGGGAGAGCAUCGCGACGCUCUGGGGCGUCGGGGAGAGCAUCGCGACGCUCUGGGGCGUCCGGGGAGAGCAUCGCGACGCUCUGGGGCGUCCGGGGAGAGCAUCGCGACGCUCUGGGGCGUCCGGGGAGAGCAUCGCGACGCUCUGGGGCGUCCGGGGAGAGCAUCGCGACGCUCUGGGGCUCCGGGGAGAGCAUCGCGACGCUCUGGGGCGUCCGGGGAGAGCAUCGCGACGCUCUGGGGCGUCCGGGGAGAGCAUCGCGACGCUCUGGGGCGUCCGGGGAGAGCAUCGCGACGCUCUGGGGCGUCCGGGAGAGCAUCGCGACGCUCUGGGGCGUCCGGGAGAGCAUCGCGACGCUCUGGGGCGUCCGGGAGAGCAUCGCGACGCUCUGGGGCGUCCGGGGAGAGCAUCGCGACGCUCUGGGGCGUCCGGGGAGAGCAUCGCGACGCUCUGGGGCGUCCGGGGAGAGCAUCGCGACGCUCUGGGGCGUCCGGGGAGAGCAUCGCGACGCUCUGGGGCGUCCGGGGAGAGCAUCGCGACGCUCUGGGGCGUCCGGGGAGAGCAUCGCGACGCUCUGGGGCGUCCGGGGAGAGCAUCGCGACGCUCUGGGGCGUCCGGGGAGAGCAUCGCGACGCUCUGGGGCGUCCGGGGAGAGCAUCGCGACGCUCUGGGGCGUCCGGGAGAGCAUCGCGACGCUCUGGGGCGUCCGGGAGAGCAUCGCGACGCUCUGGGGCGUCCGGGGAGAGCAUCGCGACGCUCUGGGGCGUCCGGGGAGAGCAUCGCGACGCUCUGGGGCGUCCGGGAGAGCAUCGCGACGCUCUGGGGCGUCCGGGAGAGCAUCGCGACGCUCUGGGGCGUCCGGGGAGAGCAUCGCGACGCUCUGGGGCGUCCGGGAGAGCAUCGCGACGCUCUGGGGCGUCCGGGGAGAGCAUCGCGACGCUCUGGGGCGUCCGGGGAGCAUCGCGACGCUCUGGGGCGUCCGGGGAGAGCAUCGCGACGCUCUGGGGCGUCCGGGGAGAGCAUCGCGACGCUCUGGGGCGUCCGGGAGAGCAUCGCGACGCUCUGGGGCGUCCGGGGAGCAUCGCGACGCUCUGGGGCGUCCGGGGAGAGCAUCGCGACGCUCUGGGGCGUCCGGGGAGAGCAUCGCGACGCUCUGGGGCGUCCGGGAGAGCAUCGCGACGCUCUGUGGGCGUCCGGGAGAGCAUCGCGACGCUCUGGGGCGUCCGGGGAGAGCAUCGCGACGCUCUGGGGCGUCCGGGGAGAGCAUCGCGACGCUCUGGGGCGUCCGGGGAGAGCAUCGCGACGCUCUGGGGCGUCCGGGGAGAGCAUCGCGACGCUCUGGGGCGUCCGGGAGAGCAUCGCGACGCUCUGGGGCGUCCGGGGAGAGCAUCGCGACGCUCUGGGGCGUCCGGGGAGAGCAUCGCGACGCUCUGGGGCGUCCGGGGAGAGCAUCGCGACGCUCUGGGGCGUCCGGGGAGAGCAUCGCGACGCUCUGGGGCGUCCGGGAGAGCAUCGCGACGCUCUGGGGCGUCCGGGGAGAGCAUCGCGACGCUCUGGGGCGUCCGGGGAGAGCAUCGCGACGCUCUGGGGCGUCCGGGGAGAGCAUCGCGACGCUCUGGGGCGUCCGGGGAGAGCAUCGCGACGCUCUGGGGCGUCCGGGGAGAGCAUCGCGACGCUCUGGGGCGUCCGGGGAGAGCAUCGCGACGCUCUGGGGCGUCCGGGAGAGCAUCGCGACGCUCUGGGGCGUCCGGGGAGAGCAUCGCGACGCUCUGGGGCGUCCGGGGAGAGCAUCGCGACGCUCUGGGGCGUCCGGGGAGAGCAUCGCGACGCUCUGGGGCGUCCGGGGAGAGCAUCGCGACGCUCUGGGGCGUCCAGGGAGAGCAUCGCGACGCUCUGGGGCGUCCGGGGAGAGCAUCGCGACGCUCUGGGGCGUCCGGGGAGAGCAUCGCGACGCUCUGGGGCGUCCGGGGAGAGCAUCGCGACGCUCUGGGGCGUCCGGGGAGAGCAUCGCGACGCUCUGGGGCGUCCGGGGAGAGCAUCGCGACGCUCUGGGGCGUCCGGGGAGAGCAUCGCGAGCUCUGGGGCGUCCGGGGAGAGCAUCGCGACGCUCUGGGGCGUCCGGGAGAGCAUCGCGACGCUCUGGGGCGUCCGGGGAGAGCAUCGCGACGCUCUGGGGCGUCCGGGGAGAGCAUCGCGACGCUCUGGGGCGUCCGGGGAGAGCAUCGCGACGCUCUGGGGCGUCCGGGGAGAGCAUCGCGACGCUCUGGGGGCGUCCGGGAGAGCAUCGCGACGCUCUGGGGCGUCCGGGGAGAGCAUCGCGACGCUCUGGGGCGUCCGGGAGAGCAUCGCGACGCUCUGGGGCGUCCGGGGAGAGCAUCGCGACGCUCUGGGGCGUCCGGGAGAGCAUCGCGACGCUCUGGGGCGUCCGGGGAGAGCAUCGCGACGCUCUGGGGCGUCCGGGAGAGCAUCGCGACGCUCUGGGCGUCCGGGGAGAGCAUCGCGACGCUCUGGGGCGUCCGGGGAGAGCAUCGCGACGCUCUGGGGCGUCCGGGGAGAGCAUCGCGACGCUCUGGGGCGUCCGGGGAGAGCAUCGCGACGCUCUGGGGCGUCCGGGGAGAGCAUCGCGACGCUCUGGGGCGUCCGGGGAGAGCAUCGCGACGCUCUGGGGCGUCCGGGGAGAGCAUCGCGACGCUCUGGGGCGUCCGGGGAGAGCAUCGCGACGCUCUGGGGCGUCCGGGAGAGCAUCGCGACGCUCUGGGGCGUCCGGGGAGAGCAUCGCGACGCUCUGGGGCGUCCGGGGAGAGCAUCGCGACGCUCUGGGGCGUCCGGGAGAGCAUCGCGACGCUCUGGGGCGUCCGGGGAGAGCAUCGCGACGCUCUGGGGCGUCCGGGGAGAGCAUCGCGACGCUCUGGGGCGUCCGGGGAGAGCAUCGCGACGCUCUGGGGCGUCCGGGGAGCAUCGCGACGCUCUGGGGCGUCCGGGAGAGCAUCGCGACGCUCUGGGGCGUCCGGGAGAGCAUCGCGACGCUCUGGGGCGUCCGGGGAGAGCAUCGCGACGCUCUGGGGCGUCCGGGAGAGCAUCGCGACGCUCUGGGGCGUGGGGAGAGCAUCGCGACGGGGCUCUGGGGGCGUCCGGGGAGAGCAUCGCGACGCUCUGGGGCGUCCGGGGAGAGCAUCGCGACGCUCUGGGGCGUCCGGGAGAGCAUCGCGACGCUCUGGGGCGUCCGGGGAGAGCAUCGCGACGCUCUGGGGCGUCCGGGGAAGCAUCGCGACGCUCUGGGGCGUCCGGGGAGAGCAUCGCGACGCUCUGGGGCGUCCGGGGAGAGCAUCGCGACGCUCUGGGGCGUCCGGGAGAGCAUCGCGACGCUCUGGGGCGUCCGGGGAGAGCAUCGCGACGCUCUGGGGGCGUCCGGGGAGAGCAUCGCGACGCUCUGGGGCGUCCGGGAGAGCAUCGCGACGCUCUCGGGGCGUCCGGGGAGCAUCGCGACGCUCUGGGGCGUCCGGGAGAGCAUCGCGACGCUCUGGGGCGUCCGGGGAGAGCAUCGCGACGCUCUGGGGCGUCCGGGGAGAGCAUCGCGACGCUCUGGGGCGUCCGGGAGAGCAUCGCGACGCUCUGGGGCGUCCGGGAGAGCAUCGCGACGCUCUGGGGCGUCCGGGAAGAGCAUCGCGACGCUCUGGGGCGUCCGGGGAGAGCAUCGCGACGCUCUGGGGCGUCCGGGGAGAGCAUCGCGACGCUCUGGGGCGUCCGGGAGAGCAUCGCGACGCUCUGGGGCGUCCGGGGAGAGCAUCGCGACGCUCUGGGGCGUCCGGGGAGAGCAUCGCGACGCUCUGGGGCGUCCGGGGAGAGCAUCGCGACGCUCUGGGGCGUCCGGGGAGAGCAUCGCGACGCUCUGGGGCGUCCGGGGAGAGCAUCGCGACGCUCUGGGCGUCCGGGGAGAGCAUCGCGACGCUCUGGGGCGUCGGGGAGAGCAUCGCGACGCUCUGGGGCGUCCGGGGAGAGCAUCGCGACGCUCUGGGGCGUCCGGGGAGAGCAUCGCGACGCUCUGGGGCGUCCGGGGAGAGCAUCGCGACGCUCUGGGGCGUCCGGGGAGAGCAUCGCGACGCUCUGGGGCGUCCGGGGGAGCAUCGCGACGCUCUGGGGGCGUCCGGGGAGAGCAUCGCGACGCUCUGGGGC